AUGAAAGGCGCCUAUUCAUAUGAAAGAAGCCCCCCCGGAAAUUGGAACCCCAACGUCCAGGCGAUUAACUGGAGGAAGUUAAAUGUAAAAAAUGGGAGGAAUAACGACAUGUACAAUUAUAACGGAGGGGUGAACAAAUAUUCGGGGCCCCAUUUCAACCCUUCAAAUGAUAAAAAAAAGGAUUACGUGAAUGAGGAGGAACAAGACGCCAGAGGUAAGACUCCUCAGAAGAAUCUGGCCCCUUACCAUUACGUAGACCACAACUACUACCACAUGGGGAAUGCAAAUAAUGUGUCUUAUGCAAAUAAUGUGUCUUAUGCAAAUAAUGUGUCUUAUGCAAAUAAUGUGUCUUAUGCGAACAACGCGUCUUAUGCGAACAACGCGUCUUAUGCGAACAACGCGUCCUAUGUGAACAACCUGUCGUAUGCGAAGCCGAGUUACUACAAUCAGGCAUAUGUGAAGUUUCCGACCUGGAAGGGGGCGGGCGGCAACCCCAGUGCCGGUGGUGGGUACGGUGGUGCCGCCUACAACGGAUACGGCUACGGAGGCUACGACAACUACGAGGGGGACGCCAAUUUUAGCAGCCAGUACGAUUGCUACGAAAAUUAUAAUGGGUAUGGUGCGGACGGCUACAGCGGUUACUACGGCGGAAGUUACAACGGCGGCGGUUACACUGGAAGCGCUUACUACGGAAGCGGUUACUACGACAGGGGUUACCACGGCAAGGGUUAUUACGGCAGCGGAUACAACGACUACAAUAGCUACAACAAUUACAAUGGCUACAACAACCACAAUGGCUACAACAACUACAAUGGCUACAACAACCACCGGAGUCAUCACCUGGGAAGCCACCAUCAGGGGAACCACCAACAGGGGAACUACCAAGAGGGAAAUAAUAACCACGCCAGCGCGCACGACUCGCACAUACAGAGCGGCACCAAUUAUGGUCACCAUAGUUACAGCGCCCCGGAGAGGGAUCAGCAGCCUAAUUACGAAUAUGGUGCAGCCAAGCACCAGCAUUAUCAGCAUUCUCAGCAUAACCACCACCCCCACGUACCCCAGAAGGGCAAAGACGUCCAGGUAAAAUACAACGAGCUGAUUAGCCAUGUGUAUUAUAAGUCAUCGUAUUACUUAAAAAAAAAUAGGAAGCACAUGAAGAAGCUGCUAAAAUCGAACUGUGUGAUCAAUAUAUAUCUAGUGAGACACAUGGAAGCUGAGCAUAACAGAGAAGUUGUCGAGGGCACGGGCAAGCCCAGAGACCUCAUUUAUAAGGACAUAAAGCAUCUAGACUGUAGGGUCAGUGAGAAAGGCAAACAGAUGUGCGAGGAUUUGAAGAAGGAUGGGAACAACAGCCUGUACCAGAAGAUUAUAGAUCUGUAUAAUGACUCUCUGCAGAAGGUAGAUUUGCCCGCCGCUUCCCUCGUUGACAAAAUCGGCACUGACAAAGGCGGCAAUGACAAAAGCGGCUCUGCUACCAAUGGUGCUGGCAACCCUCCUAGUAAUAGCGAUGCCCCCGACGCUGCCGCUAGUAGUGGGAAGAAGGGCAUCCUGGAUCGGAACAGCGACUUCGUCAUUAUUAGCUCCCCCCUGAGGAGGUGCCUGGAAACGAUGAAGUACUAUUUUAACUUUAAAAAGAACAUCCUCGUCUACGAGUCUGUGAGAGAAAUGGGAGGAAACUACUUCAGUGACCAGAGGUCCAAGACGUCCGACAUAAAGCAGUUCUGUGAGAAUAAUUUUGAGGACUAUGAGGUGAUCUGCUUUGGCGAAAAUGACAUUCUGUUUGGGGAGAAGUUUAGGGAGUCGUCCGAUCAGGUGUACUGUAGGUGCCUGCAGUUUUUGAAGAUGGUACAUGCGCUGGCGGUGAAUUAUUUUGCUUCUCUCGAGGGGGACAGCGAGGAGGAAGAGGAAGCUGAGAAGGAUGAGAAGGCAGAGGAGGGGGAGGAGGCUGGGAAGGAUGAGAAGGCAGAGGAGGGGGAGAAGGUUUGGAAGGAUGAGAAUGCAGAGGAGGGGGAGGAAGCUGAGAAGACAGAGGAGGGGAAGGAAGCUGAGAAGACAGAGGAGGAGUCCGUGUGUAAGAAGAGCAGCCACGAGGAAGAAGCAGAAGACGGGGAGGAGGUAGCAGCCAGAGUAGAGGUGCCCGAUGAGGAGAAGCAGAAAAAACGCGUCUACAACAUCGUACUCGUCUCGCAUAGCUCGUUCAUUAUGCAUUUUUUGGCUCUCCUGGAUUACUUCGAUUUGGAUGCGAGAAACUUCAACAAUUGCGACAUCAAAAAGGUGGCGAUCCCCUUGUCUAACACGUUCCUCUUUUUUAACAACGUGGUGAACAUGCAGCUAGCCAAGCCCCUCUGCACCAGCAAUUUCCCUAUAGUGUUUAGGAACGAAAACAAAGUUCUGAAGAAGGCAUUCAAGGACAAAAAUAUAUACACACUCAGCAGUUACAGUGACUUCGAUGAGCUGACCUGCCAAGACCCAUGCACGGUAGUCAUAUAUCAAUACGCGUCCCUCGUGAAGGACGAGAAAUAUAGCAAAUAUUUGGAGAAGGUACACAAUUUUAUCGACCUUGCGAAUAAGGAGUAUGGAGGAGAAGGGAAGAUUUUCUCCAAUGGAAUGUUUAAGAGCUACGUGAAGAAGGACAAGAAGAAAAUGGGUAGAACUCUCCUCGUGACGGAUGCUAGUAAGCAUUUGCUUUAUGUGCCGGAGAAAGACGCUUGGGAAGUUAAUAAGAAGGGUUUUUUUGUGGGUCAAAAUGUAGUCAUCAUAGUUUUUCCAGAUGUAGAACCCACUUCAAAUUGUAAGAACGCUAGCAAAGGUAAUGAUCCCAAAGAGAGACCCAAUGAAAAUUCUCUGCAUCUGGACAAUGUACUCCAGGUUGUUAAGAAGUAUAAUCAUGUAGACGACUUGAUAAAAUCGAAGGAUUUCUGGAAGGCUAUCAAGGAGAAUAUUCAUAAUAUGGAUCUCAAUACAUUCCAAGGUUACCUCAUUGGGAAGUAUACCAAAUUUGUCAGCUGUGAGGAGGCAGACAAGGUUUCCUACCUCGAUUUGUGUAGCUGCCUCGAGAAUAAGGCUUUUAUGGAGAAGUUCCAAGACCGAUGUAAUGGGUACUUGAAGCGUCUGAAGGAGCGAUGCGACACUUUUGCGUAUGUCGAUCUGGAGCAGGAAUGCAGAUACAUUAAUGAGAACUUACUGCCGCAUAUGUUCCCCAGGGAGUACGCCUCGGGUGUAAGCGAGGUCCUUCCCAGCAGUGGAGACCGCGCUCGUGAUAGGACAAAGGGGAAAGUCGACCCUACGCUGGACGAGCGCAACACCUUGGUUAGGAAGAGGUUUAUGUACAUUCCGAGGAGGGCGGCGAUCACUGCGAAGGUGGCCGCGGAGGCCCUAUUGGGGCACACCAACCAAGCAGCAGGUGGAGAAGCCGCGUUAGCCGCAUCCGCAGCAGAUGGAGCGACCGCAUCAACGGCAGGAGCAAACGCCCCGCUGUUGAGCAAGAACUUCCUGCAGGAGAAUAUUAACACCCUCAAGUCCUUCCCGCAGUCCAUCCAAAACUUAAAUAUUGAGAUGUUUUAUCGGGACCACUUCUUCUACUUCCAUUGCUUGCAUCGGUUCAUAAAAAGCAAAAACAAAGUUGAAGGAAUCAUCAUAUCGAAGUUGCUAACCUUCCUCGAUCUGUUGAGAUCCUUCGAUGUGAGUGAAUCGAAUAAAAUUUUUCAGAAAUUAUCCAAGUUGGAGAGUCUCAUCGAGAACAACAUCAGUUUAGAUCAGGAGGAGAGACUGGUACACACCUUCUCCUGCGAUAAGCAGUGCGCCCAGGUGAAUAACACCUCGUACUAUGACGAGUCCGCGAGGAAGUACAAGCCGAUCCAGACUUUGCGAGGAAGGAAGAAGGGAGUUGUGGACGACCUAAACUACAUGCGUUACAAUCUGCUCACCGUCUGCGGAGGAGCAGAGAACGUUUUCAUUUUGAAUGUCCUGAAGUAA